AUGCGUGCUACAGACAAAAAGAAAGAAGAAGAGACAGAUGUGAGCGGUGAUGAGCAGUAUAAGGAGGACAUUCCUACAGGUAACCACCCAGAUUCUUGUAGCAGGAGAUCAGAGGAGAAUCUUAUAUCUUCAGAUUAUAAAGCAGAUGAUGAUAUCACACAAGAUACAUAUGAAGAACAUUCCAUUAUCCCAGAUACACCCUCAGCCCUUCACAGCCAAGAUCUGUCAUCUCAUCCUUAUAUACAGGUCCUGUCUUCUCAGGGUGGUAAGCAGAAUAAAAGUCACAGAAGGGGUGUUGGACAUGAAAGAAAUCACACAGGAAAGAAACCAUUUUCAUGCUCAGAAUGUGGGAAAUGUUUUACUCAGAAAUCAAGUCUUGUUACACAUCAGAGAACUCACACAGGAGAGAAGCCAUUUUCAUGUUCAGAAUGUGGGAAAUGUUUUACUUCUAAAUCAGAUCUUGUUGUGCAUCGGAGAACUCACACAGGGGAGAAGCCAUUUGCAUGUUCACAAUGUGGAAAAUGUUUCACUCAGAAAUCACAUCUUGUUGGACAUCAAACAACUCACACAGGAGAGAAGCCAUUUUCAUGUUCAGAAUGUGGAAAACAUUUUACAUCUAAAACGUGGCUUGUUCAGCAUCAGAGAACUCACACAGGGGAGAAACUGUUUCCAUGUUCAGAAUGUAGGAAAUGUUUUACUUCUAAAUCACGGCUUGUUGAACAUCAGAGAAUUCACACAGGAAAGAAACCAUAUUCAUGCUCAGAAUGUGGGAAAUGUUUUACUCAGAAAUCAAGUAUUGUUACACAUCAGAGAACUCACAAAGGAGAGAAGCCAUUUUCAUGCUCAGAAUGUGAGAAAUGUUUUUCUUCUAAAUCAGAUCUUGUUGUGCAUCAGAGAACUCACACAGGGGAGAAGCCAUUUGCAUGUUCACAAUGUGGAAAAUGUUUCACUCAGAAAUCGCAUCUUGUUGGACAUCAAACAACCCACACAGGAGAGAAGCCAUUUUCAUGUUCAGAAUGUGGAAAACAUUUUACUUCUAAAACAUGGCUUGUUCAGCAUAAGAGAACUCACACAGGGGAGAAACUGUGUUCAUGUUCAGAAUGUGGGAAAUGUUUUACUUCUAAAUCACGGCUUGUUGAACAUCAGAGAACUCACACAGGGGAGAAGCCAUUUCCAUGUUCAGAAUGUGGGAAAUGUUUUACUAAAAAAUCAAAUCUUGUUGAACAUCAAACAACUCACACAGGAGGGAAGCCAUUUUCUUGUUUAGAAUGUGUAAAAAAAUUUACUUCUAAAUCCUGGCUUGUUAAACAUAAGAGAGUUCACACAGGGGAGAACCCAUUUUCAUGUUCAGAAUGUGGGAAAUGUUUUACUUCUAAAUCAAAUAUUAUUGAACACCAGAGAACUCACACAGGGGAAAAACCAUAUUCAUGUUUAGAAUGUGGGAAAUGUUUUACUAAGAAAUCAACUCUUGUUGAACAUCAAAGAACUCACACAGGGGAGAAGCCGUUUCCAUGUUCUGAAUGUGGGAAAUGUUUUACUCGGAAAGCACAUCUUGUUGUACACCUACAGAAAUGUCUGUUUUACAAAAUGCAAAUAGAAUCCAAAUAACACAUCUGUAUGUAUUG